ACAGUCGCGAUUUAACUAUUUUGAAGGUGCGUUUGUUAUUGGUUCAGACAUUCCAAGAUUAGAAAAGGCGGUAGGAAGUUACGAAUUAUAUUUUUCCCUCUAUGGCAGUGUGAAAAAAUCGCGUCAAGCCAUAACUGACGGUAGGGAACGAAAAUUGUUUAACAAAUAAAACGUUGGUAUAGAAAAAAAAACAAUCUUGAAGAAACUUCAAAUGGAUAUCAACUCCACUAGUUAUCGGUGAAAUCAUUUCAACUCUAAUAUACUUCGAAUUGAUGUUGACAUGUCGAAUGAUAGGAAUUAGCUUCAAGUAACUUUGGUGAAUCUCAUGUAACAUCUCCAUCAAUUUUACGAAUAUGCUAGCUCGAUCUACGUCAUCACGUCGAAGGAGAGCUUCUAGAAGCGCUGCCUCAUCUCCACAAACAAGAGGCCUUACGUCGACUCCUAGUCCAGGAAGACGGGCUAGCAUUGCCGUAACUCCAGCAGAACCCGACCAUUUUAGGAAUACUCUGGCUCCUGAGAUUAGUAGAAGUCAGAGAAAUUCCCUUAUACCUGACAUAUCAGAAACUCAGAUCUUGAAAGACAAGAAAACUGAAAGGACCAAUAGACCAACUUUAGCUCCAGAAUUUGAUAGGAGCCCAAGAAACAGUCUUUUACCAGACUCUCAGAAGAGUCCCCGUCACAGCUUAGUGCCUACCGACCACUUCCGCUGUCCAUCAAAAACCAGUUUAUCUACUACAGAUUAUGUUCUCAGUCCAAGGAACAGUAUAUCAAUAGAUUUCAAUAGAAGUCCGAGGAAUAGUUUGGUACCAGAACAUAGUAGAAGUCCUCGACACAGCCUAACUCCAGAAACUAACGUAUACAGUUCGAAAUUGAACGUAGCAGAAUUCAAUCGAAGUCCAAGAAAUAGUUUGGUACCAGAAUCGACUAGGGUAUCUAGAAGGAGUUUAACAGAAGCGGGUACUUGGAGACAAGACGAGGGUAUUAUAGCUGGACGAGGUCAUCGUCACAACUUUUCAUCUGAAACCCUACCGAAGAGAACCAAUAGAAGUAAUAACGGUGACGAGUAUGAAGAUCGCAGUCCUAGAGGAAGCAUUGGACCGGAACUGGAUGAAAAUAGAAGUCCACGUGGAAGUAUUGCUAGAAGUAUGUUUGAUGAUCCGGAGAAGAAAAGCCCAAGAGGAAGUUUAACACUCACAUUUCAUGAGCCUCUAGUGACAGAAAGAAGAGCCAGCAGUGAUAAUGGUAUCAGAGUAAGAAGCACAUCGCCUUACAGAGUUGGUGGUGGAUCAAGAAGCGGUGCGGCAAUCUCGGGAUUGAGCGAAAAUGGAUCUAGAAGAGCUAGUAGUUCUGUAAGUCAGGUAUCUGGAGAUGAACAGCGCCGAUUAUGCGUAGACCACAACAAUACAGAAACUCAAAAUAUCAAUCUUGCUCUUUCGCUAACUACUUAUGGUUCUGUAGCAUACCAGCUGAAAGACGCUAAUUUGGAAUCAAGCGGAACAUGCGAUUUUGUUUGCAAAGCUUUACACAUAGUUAAUAAGACAGUUGUGGUAACUGUAGCCUUGGUGUGUUUGUCAGUUUUACCAAUAAUGAUGCUUAUCAUGGGUAUCCAUUUUUUGCGAGAUUGUCCACGGGAACCGAACAUCCCCAUCUACAUGAUAGUCGGAGGGAGCGUAGGUUGUGUUAAAAUGUCAUUAACACUGUGGUCACAAUUUUACACAUCCAGAACAGCUAAUUCGGGCAACGACGCAACAUCCAUAGUUUCAAAAAUAGCAUCGAUAGCUCUUACUAUUUUGCUUAUUGCUUGGUUCGCUUUGGGUAAUUAUUGGAUAUUCAAAAUAAUCUGGCCAGACUACGCACCCACGCUUUUCGAACCAAACAAAUGGUGUCACAAGGCGUUGUACGUCUUUUCAUUGGUCCAUCUAUGCGUAGUUUAUGCGCUUUUUGGAACUAUUCUAAUUCUUGUCAUUGUGCUUGCUAGUUGUCAAUUAUUUGAGUGCUCUUGGUUGGGACCAGUUAGGUACAAAUAGCAAAACUCGCCGAAUUAUUUCGAAUUGUGGGAUGUACCAAGGACUUAUCAUUAAUUGCUCAAGAUUCAUUCAUCGCGAGGGCUACUUUAGAUGCUAUAUAUACAGUGUGUCCCCAAAUAAUAUCAUGAAGCAUAAAAACAACUAGAUGUCCUUAGAUUUUUCGGAUAUCUAUAAGUUAUAAAAACCUAAAAUCAAUUAUAAUAUUUAGUUUAUGAUAUAGCAAAUAGUCCAAUGAACAACGGUUUUCACAUCAGAAAUCAGAAAUUUUAACUUUAGAUAGAAAAUACCUUAAAAAGCAGAGUCUACCCUAUUUAUAUCUUAAAUAUUUAAACAAUUGAAACAAUACAUUAUUGUAACAACUCCUUCUUUGUAUGAUUUUGUUUAAAUGAGUGUUUCUUUUUCUUCUCUACAUUUUUCCACAUGCCCUCUUCGGGGCGUUAGAUAUCUAUUUAUUAUCCAUUUAACUUUUUCCCCAUCUUUUCUUGCUAGUGUCUUCAUUUGAUCUUUUGUCUGUUGCCUUUGUUUUCCUAUAUCUGCUUUUUUUGUUUGUCCCAGUUUUUUGGUCUGAUCCUUGUCCUUUCCUUUAAUUCUUGCUUUCCAUAUUCUAAUCUAGUCUGUCCUUGACAAAUGACCCAACUAGUUAUAAUUUCAUUUCUUAUACUAUCCAUCCUGAUUUUUCUAUCGCGCUUAAUCUACUAUCUAUUUUAUUGUUAUUUACUCACAUUCUACGUUCUAUAUUUAUUGCUUUUUUAUUUUGUUUGUAACCAUCGCUUUCAUUUUGUCGUCUAUUUGUUAUACUUUUCCUAUUAGUCUGAUUUUGUUUCUAUGUUUUCGUUUACUAUCAUUGUUUUGCACUUUGCUAUGUUAAUCUCCAAUUGCAGUUUUUCUAUCUCUUCUAGUCAAAUUCUAGUUAGUGCUUCCAUAUUUCUGUCAUUUCAUGUCAUAAUUUUAGUUAGUGCUUCCAUCGUUCUGUCAUUUUCUAUCAUAAUUUUAUUUAGUGCUUCCAUCUUUCUGUCAUUUUCUGUCAUAAUUUCAGUAAGUGCUUCCAUCUUUCUGUCAUAAUUUUAGUUAGUGCUUCCAUAUUUCUGUCAUUUUCUGUGAUAAUUUUAUUUAGUGCUACCAUCUUUUUGUCAUUUUCUGUCAUAUUUUAGUUUGUGCUCCCAUCUUUCUGUCAUUUUCUGUCAUAAUAACAAUUUUGUUAUAUAUAGUAAGCCUUCUAAGUUUAUUGAGAUCAUCUUGAGUUAUCCCAUAUUUGUUUGUAGUUGUCUCGUCCGUUCCAUUACAUUUUUUAGUAUUUCAUGCAUUGUUAGAAUGAACAAUAAUCAUAAAAAUAAUUAUUCUAUACGUUGUUCCUUUGGAUUGAGUCGAAUGCCGCUCUCAGGUCUUUGAACGUCAAUUGCUGUAUUUCUCUUUUCUCCUAACAUAUUUCUAUCAUAUUUCUUAGUAUUAUUCGUUUUCUGUAUGUUGUUUGAUCUUCUUCCAGUUUCUUGUCUACUCCUUCUCUUAGUCUGAAUUCUGAAGUUAGGCAUAUUGGUCUGUAGUUUUCGCAUUUCUUUUGUUGUACUAACUUGUGAAUAAGUGUUUCACAACCGAAAUUAUCUAUUUGCACUAAUUCUCGUAGUAUACAGUGCGGAUAUCACCACCCCUAUGAAUUGUCAAUCCUUUUACUUCCUACCCUUGAUAUUUACCCUCUCCCAUUUUUUAAAUAGUAAGGGAGAUCGUACGAUACUUCGUUGGAAAGGGAUUGGAAAGAAAAAUUUAGAAAUGUAUAAUUUCCAAAUUUUGGAGAACCAAUUGAUUAAUAAAAAUAAUUAGAAAAUAAUAUAUUACAUUGAGUCUUCAAAAUUCAAGUAACUGGAUGAAUUAUCUUAUAAAAAAAUUUGAUCUACUACAGGAGAUAAUCGAAAUGUUCUCCUUUCUGGAAGUGGAACAAUUUUGGACGCAGUUUGAAGUGUUCUCAAAUGAAUCACACUUUGGAUAUAAGAAAACAUCAUGGGUAAAAAUCUAGAGGAGUAAAAUCUGGUGGUCAUUCAAUGAAUCCACUACGUCCAAUCUAUCUUUUCAGAUACAAAUUAUUUAAAAAAUUUCGAACAACAGCAGAGUAAAGAGUGGAUUUUCAUCCUGCUAAAAAAUAAUGUAAGACACUCUCGAAACAGUCAAGGAUUUUCGUCAGACCAAUAUCUAAUAUUUGAAUAGAAUAUAGCUGCAUCAAAAAAACAAAUAUGUCUUAAGUUAUUUGAAAUAUUAUUAUAGAUAGAUUCACAAAACUACAGUCGUUGAUCUGGAUCACCUUCUGUCAACUCGUGCGCUAUUUUCACUUUAUAUGGAUGAACUUUGUGCAUUCUUGAAAUGUUUGAAACGGCGAUCGAUCAAUUGGACUAUCAAAACGUUCAUUAAAUAUUCUCACAACUUCGUCUGUUUCACCAAAUAUCAGAAUUGCUUCACAUUUUUCUGCUAAACUACGAGGCUGUACCAUUUUGAUUGUUGAGUUACCAAAUUUCAUUUUGUUCUAGUCAACAUAACUCAAUCAAUUGUUGAUAAAUUUCUGGUUUUUUCACAUCCAUCAAAACCUAAAGCACACCAACUAGAUCUUUGAAAAGUGUACAGAAAUUGUGCAGAUUCAUCUUAAGCCAAUAAGAUAAUUAUAAAUUCCCAUUUGAACUUAGACCUACUUGUGGCAAAAUGUGCGGACUUUGAUUUUUAGUGUGCCUGAUUGUAAAUAAUUUGAGAAAAAUUAGGUUCUGAUACAAUUUGAGAACAACCGGGGUGAAAGUUAAUUUACCAUACUUGAUUGCUAAUUUCAAUAUCUACUAUACACUAUAAUUAGGAUUGUUAGAAGUUUUCAUGUCGAUACAUGAUGAAACCGUCCUUUACACAAUGGCAAAAUUUGAACUUAAUUUGACAGGUAGUUUAUUUACAGUGCUCAAUUCCGCAAAUCGCAAAAAUUUGUAGUAUUAAUUAUUUUGUAAUUCUUUGGAUACUGAACGUUAGGGACAAAUUAUUAUUAAAAUGUCGAAUCUUGAUGAUUUUCUGCUUGAUGUGAACUUAAUCUGAGGUAAUCAUUAUUUUGGGACACACGAUAUUGAUAAGAUUGGUGAUAGGACGAUUUUAAUUUGCAAGGAUCAGAUAAUGUAUAAUGGGAUAAUCAACAAUUAGAUAUAAUAUAAAAUUAAUAGUGAUACACAUUCGGAGGUUAUUUAUACAGCAAAUAAAUUUAUAUAACAUGAACUAAAUAGUUGAACGCAUUAAAAUAUAAUUGGGGGAUGUAUCCGCACAAACGGAGAUCAUCUUAUUUCGCAAAAUGUAAAAUUUUCAGACGAAUAAAUGUUUUAAUUUAUGAUUAAUUGGAAAUUUGUGGGUUUGUGAUAUUUAUUCAGAAAUUUCAGAAAUAUAAUAACUAUAAUAUGAAAUAAUCCUACCCUAACUAGCACUUUAUCUAAAAAUGUCUUUAGAUUAAAAGGCCCUUUAACUUCUUCAGUCCUUAAUUUGUUUGCAUAUAAAUUAUUUAAAGAGACAAAAAUAACAUAUAAAAGAAAAAAAAAGGUAUUUUCUCAUUAAUUUUUACAAUAUUUAAAUUAUACAUUCUAAUUAACAUUAGGUACUGCUUAUCCUAUUGCACUAAAAAUUCGAAAAUGUAGGUAGCUGCUAAGAAAAAUUCUCAUUUCCAACUAACACAAAUCAUAAAUAGAGAAAAUUAUUCAUGAACUUCGUAUUUUUUGCAGUAUAUCGUCGGCUUAUUUUCAAAACCUCCUCCUAUUUUUACGAUUUAUGAGGUUUUGAAACGAAUAGAUUCAAAAUAUCCUUAUUCAACACCCUUCAAAGCUCCUCACUCUUAAAAUAUGGUUAUAUCGACAUCUAUCGGACAAUCGCAGAACCUUCUAGGCCGUUGCAUCUCUUGGAAUUAGUUAGAAGCUGAGUGGAUGAACUUCUAUGUUGUUUUAUUCCUUAGUUACAUUAAAAAAACUGUAAGGAUUUGCCAUGAGGAAGAUUUAAUUUGUUAUUGUUUCAUGCUCUCGAAUGUACUUAUAUCCCUUGCAAAACUAACAAUUGUCCUUGAACUUUUAUUCGCCCGACCUAUAUUAUAAGAAAUAUAUUAGAAGAGUGGAAAAAUUAUUUAAAUGUUUAGAAUAACUUGGUUGCUUCCGUUCUAUUUGAUUUUAUAAUGUACUAUUAUUAUUAUUUUUGAUAAUGAAAACCAAUACUAUAGUUAUUUUGCAUUAAUUGUAAUAAAAACUAUUUGUAAAAAUUUGCACUUGGCAUAUUUUCAAUGAAUAAAUAAAGAAAUAAAUAUAUAUAUUCGAGUGGAGAGACGCUUGCAGCUAUGUGGAAAUACGUAAUUAUUUCAAUAAAUAUCCAAUCCCUUAAAACACUCAAUAGACAAUCUAAAGUGAAUAAAAGACAUCCAGUUCGAAGGAAACUGAUCGAAAACAGCCAAGACUUUGUCACCGG